AUGUCAAACAGUGCUGAAGAUUACUCUUACGAUUACGAGUAUCUGUUCAAGAUUGUCCUAGUGGGCGAAUCCAGCGUGGGGAAAUCAAACCUACUGUCUCGAUUCACUAGAGAUGAGUUCAACAUAGAAUCCAAAACCACGAUCGGCGUGGAAUUUGCUACUCGUACUAUAGAAGUUGACGGGAAGAGGAUAAAGGCCCAGAUCUGGGACACUGCCGGCCAAGAAAGAUACAGAGCUGUCACCGCGGCUUACUACAGAGGCGCUGUGGGAGCGUUGUUGGUUUACGACAUUUCAAACUCCUCCUCCUACGAGGGAGCUUCCAGAUGGUUGAGUGAGCUGAAGGAUCAUGCAGACGCAAACAUUGUGGUGGAGCUUGUCGGAAACAAGUCAGAUUUGAAUCACUUGAGAGCUGUGCCCACAGAUGAGGCCAAAUCUUUUGCCACGGAGAAGGGGCUAUUAUUUACAGAAGCUUCGGCUUUGAACUCUGAGAAUGUUGAACUGGCCUUCCAGCAACUUAUCAAGGCCAUCUACGACAUGGUUUCCAAACACCAGUUUGACAUGAAUGAUUACGGAAACGACAAUAAACCAAUAACAGGUGGCCAAACCAUCACGCUCACUCCUACUCCAAAGGAUAGUAAAAUCAAGAAGGAUUCAUGUUGUUAG